GUGGUCAGGCCUGGAGAGCCGCGUCCAGCCUGGCGUGGGGCGGUCCGCACCAGGGAGUGGUGGAGGGGGCGCCCUUGAAGUACCCAGUGUAAAGGAGGUCUUCACUUGCGUUCCUUAAAGAUUCGUGAUCCUGUCAUCACAAGGACACAUUUCCACAAAAUUCAUGGUAUCUGCAAAUGAACCAGAAUGUAUUGUAAACGGAGACACAGGACAGGUCAUCUCACUCAGGCUUAUCACCCUGAGCAAGCCCGCCUUCCUGUACCCUCGCUACGGAUGGUGGUAGCAGCCCCCGUGAUCUUACUGGAGGUUCUGGUCCCUUGACCUUUAGCAGAAGGUUGGGUUCCAGCUGAGUGGAGAGGCUUUUUCCUCUGAGAUGUAUCUUUUCUUUCUUGCUUCUUCCUUUUUUAAUUCUUUUAAGAGAGAGGCUUAAAAUACCUAAACUUUGCAAAUAUAUUCUGCAUCCACAGAAUUUGGCGGGGGUCCCUCGCUUGCUAGUCUCAUAUUCGGGUUUUAAAGGAACCCUCACAGGCCUGGAAAGGCGGAGAUCGAGUGCUCAAGUGCACACAUGCUGCAGAUGUGUUUGUUCGGUGCCAGCCUGAUGCCUUCUGUGUGCCACGGAACCUCUGGGAAAUGUUCAGCCUGAGCACUUGGGAAGAGACUGUAAAGCAUGUAGGCAGAAAGUGUCAGUUGACCUUUCAUUUCCCCGGCAUUUUAAAGCUUUUAUGGAGGUUUGCAUUAUUUUCUCAAGAGCAUUUGUUGUUUGCGUUGCUCAUUUUGACAGUUAACUGUCAGUUGUUGCCUGCAUUGCUAGUCUCACCUUGGUUAUUUCUGUAUGGGUGUAAGUGCUGGGAGCAUAACUUGUAAGUGUUUCUCUUGAACACCCACAUUGAUCCUCUGCCGGUUGAGAGGUGGGAACGACUGGUUUCUAAUUGUGGUUUGAAAGGAGGUUGGUUUGAUAAAUUGGAAAAUGUGGAGCCUAACUAGUAUUCUAGUUGUAAAGCAAGAGCUCUCCAGGUUUAUGCUUGGUGCCCAGGGAGCAUCUUGAUCUAACAAGUUAAGUUCACACCAGAGAGCUGGACAAGGAGACCUGGACUGAAAUUUAAAUAGAUUGGCUGUGAGGACAGAAUCGGUGAUUUGAUUUGAUUUGAUUUGAUUUUAAUAACAGUUAAUGUUAGAGAACGUGAUGCUAACAGACCCUGUGUAGGGUGAAGGGGACUAAGUCAUUAUGCAUGUUAUUUACACAGAUAGCCAUAGAUUAUUCUCAGGCAUUUUAAGUAAAAUAUUUUUCUGCUGGGUUUCAUAUCUUUUUAUUUUUCUUCCUUCCUUAUACCCCUUGUCAUUGUCCAGAACCCAGUGUUCCAGGAAUAGAAGGGGAAAGACAUAUAAAAGGGUGAAGGAGAAUGGAAAAAGCAGCCAGCAAUCCCACUGCACCAGAGUGCACAAACAUUAACCUAACGGAUGAUGCUCCUAAGGGCAACUGGGCGAAGUCAGUGGAGAAUUUUGAUGAUAAAGAUGAUUUGGGCCCUAGACCAUUUGGUUCAGUGGUUAGAGUGUCGGCCCUGGGACUCAAGGGUCACAGAUUGAUUCUGGUCCAGGGUGUGGACCUCGGGUGUAGGCUCCACCAAUUGAUACAUCUCUCUCCCCCUUCCUUCCACUCUCUCUAAAAAUCAAUGGGGAAAAAAAAAUACCUUUGGGUGAGGAUUAACAACAAAAAAGAUUUGGACCAUACCCAAUGCCAUUCAGGGCUUAAAGAGAAAUAGUCAAAGGGACGCCAUGCUCCCAGAGCGAAGGGGACCCCAGGAAAGAACCAGAAGUGCAUGUCAUAAAUCCUGGAGUAAAUCCAGGCUGAAGAAAAGGCCGCUUUCCUGUAGCACCACUAGCUGGCUCUCAGUUAAAACAGGCCCGACUUACAACCUUCCUGAGAAAGCAGAUGUUCAGCUCAGUUUGAGUUUUCAUGUGGUGGAUCAGAUUUUUAAGUGGGGAGGAAAAAUAAAAUUUAGUGGUUAACAAUAUUAUUAUUAUUAUUUUUUUAACUCACCCACUUAAGUACUUAAUUGCAAAGGUUUCCCCCCCACCUCAUGGAGCGGAAUGAGAAAUGUGUUAGUUAAUAGACACCUUUAAAACCAUCGCUAUUCGUUCAGCUCUCUCCUUACUGUGUCCUAGGAAUGUGACCUCUGAUGGCAAGAUCAGUAACCUGAAGGACAGAAUUGAUACUUUGGACUCAUUUUUAAAUUUAAUUACAACUCUUAUCAAGUACUUGGUUUCUCUCCCCCCUCCCCCCACUCCCUGGCCAAAUUUAUUUCAGGAAUGUCCUUGUCUGAGACCUAUAUAUGGCUGAUGUUUCUUAAGUCCAUCUUGUGGCUUAAAGGGCAUUUAAAAAAAAAAUCUGAAUAGAUCUGGUUGACUAUAUAGAACUUAUCCAAGAGCAGGUAGAUUGCUUCCAAGAGACACACACCAUCCGGAAAAACAGCCCUGGAGCAGGCAUCCCUGACACCACACCGAGUGUAUUCUGGGUAGCUGCUCUGCAGUGAUGCAGCCGUCUUUCUGGGCAGUGUUGUUAUUCCUGCCGCAUAAUUAGCAACUAGUGAGAUCAUAGUCUGGGAGAUUCUGGCAUUACUGAGGCGAAGCAGGGAGGCUUCCUAUCGGCACAUGUGGCCCCGGCCCCGACAGAUUCGGAUCCUUGCAAACGAAAGUCCAAAAACAGAUCUGUAGCCCAGACUCCUUGGUUGGGUGACAGCUGGUGGAAGACACUGGCUGCCAUACUGAUGUGACCAGAGUAAAUUGUCCUUUCUUCUGCUGUUUGUUGUCCCUUUGCUAGCUUCUUUCCAGAGGGCAGAGGUGGCGAAGCUGUUUUCUUGCACCAGCGGAACCCCAUUUUAUGGCAGAGUGAGACUGGGAAAGAUUGUGGGUUUUGAAGCCAGUGCAGAUUCUAAUCCAGUCCAUUCUUUAGAGCCAAAGUUGACCUUUCGAGGAGCCUGGAGAGACAUUGUAUCCUUGUGAAGAUCUGGGUAAAAUGUUUCCUUGGCUGCUGAUGUACUUGGAAAUUGAGAGCCUAGAACAGCAUUUCCCAAAGGGCGCUCCAAGAAUCAUUUGUUUGCCCCUAAAAUGCUCUGGGAAGCAAAGGGUCCCGGAUUCAGGUGUGGGGACACACUGCUCUGGGCCCCCCCCCCUGCUCAUUAGCAUACUAAAAGCCUCUAAGAGGUUAGCCCGCAAACAGUUUUCUAAACGGUUUGACACCGAGGUCCUAUUUUCAUGUAAAAACCAUUAAUAUCCGCCCAGCUGGUUUCCCUCAGUGGUUGGGGCUUUGGCCGAGGACUGAGGAGUUCUGGGUUGAUUCUGGUCGUGGGCACUGUACCUCGGUUGCUUGAAUUAGUUUAUUUCAUAUAUAUACUUUGGGAGAUGCCAGGCUGUGUCUUCACUAGGAAAGUAAUUGGAUCUAGUGUAGGUUUAGGCACCGCCUAUUCUGCUUUGACGCCUAGUCCCUCCUCUGGCCCUGGGAGAGCUCUCCUGUGUGAUCCAGUGAUCCCCCAGCCCCGACGGCAGAACCAAAGGCCUCCCUCCUCGGGAAAGGUGCUGCGGUUACUCAUCUGUUAUUCUGAGUGGCUGAGGCUGGAGGGGAUACGGGAAACAAAGGAGGAGGAUGUUGGCCAGAAUCAGCAGAGCAAUGACCUGAUCUGCAGAAAGCAGACGCCAUUGCCAGCUCAGAAUCCUAAUGCGCCUGGCUACCUGGUGGUGAGCAGGGGCUUUGGGGCCAACGUGGUGGGCUCCCCGAGGAAACCCCUGGGAAACCAAUGGAUGCAUUCACGGGCUCGGGUCUCAAGAGGAAGUUUGAUGAUGUGGACGUGGGCUCAUCAGUGUCCAACUCCGAUGAUGAGAUCUCCAGCAGUGACAGUGCGGACAGCUGCGACAGCCUCAACCCUCCGACGACUGCCAGCUUCACACCCACCUCCAUCCUGAAGCGGCAGAAGCAGCUCCGGAGGAAGAAGGUCCGCUUUGACCAGGUGACCGUGUACUACUUCGCCCGGCGCCAGGGCUUCACCAGUGUGCCCAGCCAAGGCGGCAGCUCUUUGGGCAUGGCCCAGCGUCAUAACUCCGUGCGCAGCUACACGCUCUGUGAGUUUGCUCAAGAGCAGGAGGUGAACCAUCGGGAGAUUCUGCGUGAGCACCUGAAGGAAGAGAAACUGCACGCCAAGAAGAUGAAGCUGACCAAGAAUGGGACAGUGGAAUCCGUGGAGGCCGAUGGCCUGACGCUGGACGAUGUUUCCGAUGAAGACAUUGACGUGGAAAACGUGGAGGUGGACGAUUACUUCUUCCUGCAGCCUCUGCCCACCAAACGGCGACGGGCCCUGCUGAGGGCUUCCGGGGUCCACCGCAUCGAUGCCGAAGAGAAGCAAGAGCUGCGAGCCAUCCGCCUGUCGCGGGAGGAGUGUGGGUGUGAUUGUCGGCUGUACUGUGAUCCAGAAGCGUGUGCCUGUAGCCAAGCUGGGAUUAAAUGCCAGGUGGAUCGAAUGUCCUUUCCAUGUGGCUGCUCCCGGGAUGGCUGCGGGAACAUGGCGGGGCGCAUUGAAUUUAAUCCAAUCCGAGUUCGGACUCAUUACCUCCACACCAUCAUGAAGCUGGAGCUGGAGAGCAAGCGGCAGGUGAGCCGCCCACCCGCCCCAGAUGAGGAGCCCUUGCCCGCCGCCAGCUGCAGCCUGACCGGAGCCCAGGGCUCGGAGACACAGGACUUCCAGGAGUUCAUUGCUGAGAACGAGACCGCGGUGAUGCACCUCCAGAGUGCGGAGGAGCUGGAGCGGCUCAAGGCCGAGGAAGACUCCAGUGGCUCCAGUGCCAGCGUGGACUCCAGCGUGGAGAGCCUGGGCGUGUGCAUCCUGGAGGAGCCCCUGGCUGUUCCUGAGGAGCUGUGCCCAGGCCUGACGGCGCCCAUCCUCAUCCAGGCUCAGCUGACCCCGGGCUCCUCCGUCCUAUGUUUCGCUGAGAACGCGGACCACCCAACUGCCUCGGCAGCCACCAGCCCAUCCUACUUGAACAGCGGGCCCCUGAUCUAUUACCAGGUGGAGCAGAGGCCAGUCCCCGGGGCCAACGGAGAGCCUGGUCCGGGAGAAGCCCCACCCUCCCUCCCCAAGGAGAAAGAUCUCAACGUCUUCUCCGUCCCCGUUACCUCACUGGUGGCUUGUAGCCCCACAGACCCAGCCGUGUGCAAACCAGAGGCGGGGAAAGCCUCCGCCCUAGAAGCACUGGUGCCCGAAGCUUGUAUCCCUGAGGAGCGGGAGAAUGAAGACUCCCGCCCCUCGUGGUCCCCCUCCAGCCUCCCCUUCUGCACGGACGGUGCAGAGGGCUGUGCGGCAGAGAGGCCCUCACAGCCCGGCGAGGACCGGCCCCCCGAAGAGUCUUCCCUGGAGCUCCCUCUGGCAGUGUGAUGUGGGGCUGGAGCUCUGCCUCCUACCCAUUCUCUAUUUAUUCCCUAUUUUACCUGACACCAUUUCAGAACAAAACCAGAAGCAGCUGCUGCUCCCAUGUUAUUUUAUUGGGGUCUUAGGGAUGGGUGGGAGAGGAUUGUUUAUACAAGUAUUUUUUAAAGGUAACAGAACCAAGGAGACCAGCCCCAGCUUGAUCUGGGGACAGUCUCUGGGCAGAGAAGGCCACGUAAUGCUGAAUACCGAGUUAUCUGGGCCAUUGGAUCUCAGAGGAGACACCAGGUAAUUCAAGCAGCUCUUCUUUUCACAGGGGUCAGAAUCCAUCAUUUGAACAGCACGGCAAAGCCCCUCUCCUAAGCUCCAGGCGGCUACACGCUCAUUUUUCUCGGUGGUUACUCCGAUAGCCCGUUUUGGUGUACUAUACGGUCGGAAAUGUCACCUGGAGAGGAGGGGAAGAAGGGCCUCCACUUGUGUACAAACCUCCAGGAUUUUUAAAAAUUGAACCUGCCUUCCCCAGCCCCCUACUUGGUAAAUAAGUUAAUAUUUGACAUGUUUGGUGUUCUCUGGCCUGUUCCCCACACUGGGGAUUCCUGGGCUGUAACUUGAAUUGUUUUUCUUUCUCAUGUUCUUAGGUACUAGAGUUUAACUUGUCUGUCUCCCCUCCCCACCUCGCCCCCACCCCUUUGGGAGAAAGAGCUACAUUGGCUGGGGAUGUGGCUUAAAGAGCCCAUGUCCUCUGCGUGCGUCUAGCACCAGCUGUCGGGCAGCUCCAGGCUGGCUCACGUGUUCCCUGGGAGGCCUGUGGAGCGCUCACUGUGUCCACGGGAGCAGCAGGAACAGUGCUGUCUGGAAGGAUGAGGACUUCUUGCCAUGCUUGCUUUCACCCAGGUGUCCUCCCCCCACCUCCCACCCCCCACGGGGAGAUUGGAGCUGUAGAGGAAUGUAGGAUGUGGCAUUCUAAGGUCACCAGGUUUGGUUUUGGUUUUCCUUCUAUAUCUACCCUUGGUGGUCCUUGGAUAUACAGGGUUGGAGAGUUCUUAACUAUUCCAGUUCACUCCCAGGAACUGCAAAUAUUAGACCCCUCCAUCUUGAUAUAUGAAAAUUAGAAAUCAACCCAUUCUUAAAUGCUAUAUGUAACCCCCAGGUUCCAAAGAGCUAAAGUUCUGAUGAUAAAGCUGUGGGACUCAUUCAGUUCUUGCCUCCAUCUGAGGACGCCAUUCCUUUUCCUCCCAUACCCUCCUACGUUCCUGGAUGUACUGCAUUGACCACCACUGAAUUCACUAGCAAAGUUAUCACUGUCUCCGUUUUAAAAUGGAGGCAGCAGGGAACAAAGCACGCAGGCAUAUUUCCACCAUGCGUUGUUUCUGGUAUGAUUUAUUAACCAGGAAAGAACAAAGUGAAAAUGCUUUUGGUGGGGGAGAUAACUAUUCCUACCUAUCUGGAUCAUAAAGCCUUCUCUGAUAUAGCCCUGGUGUCUUAAAGCAGCCUUCAUGUAUAUCAGUAGCAUUUUACCUGUAAAAUUGCUAAACUGAGCCUGCUAGGCCUUGUACUUAACACAGAUACAUCUUAUAACCCCUUCUUCCUCUCCUGUUCCUGCUUUUGCAGGGUUUGGAGGGAAGUUCUUGAGUAUAUAGGUCCUUAACACGCUCCAUCCUCGAGCCUCACCAGGCAGAGUUGGGCAUCUGAGGUACCUGAGAGCUAGAUGCUGUCCCUGACUGAGCUGCUGCACUCCCUACCUGAGACUGGUCCCCUCAGAUACAAGACUGAAGCUUUAAUUGGGAAUAGGACUCGAUGGAGAAGAAUCUUUCUGAAAGUGUGUUGAAAGUGGAGGGUGAGCGCUACACAUUCCCUCCUUCGGAAGGAUUCCUAAUCCAGGAAGUGAUUCCAGGUGCUCAAUUAAGAGACACGUUAUUAGCCUUUGGGAUCAAAAGAAUUUGACUAUUAAACUCAUUGCCAACCCCCAAAAUAAUGACUUUUCUGAAGAAACUAGUUUCUUAAUCUAAACCCUACAUUAACCCUGUAAUUCUGAUUCACACUGAUCCCAAGCUUUUAAAUGCUAAGUGUCGAAAUUUAGCAUUAACUCUCUUGUUAAGCAAAGGGCCUUUUCUACAAUCUCGUCCAUCUCACUUCUGGUGCUACUCGAGUUGGACACAAUUAGAGCUCAUGGUUGCUAGAAAAGCUAGGCCUCUGAUCACAGAAGCAGAUAGCUUCAACCCCACUCAGUCCAGGCCUAGAUAAAAGAAAUUACUUUUUAUUGCAACGCAUUCCUUUCUCACUGUAUACAGGUAGUAUUUUCAAUGUGAAUCCAAAGCUUGUCUGGUUCUCUGGAAACAAAUUAUUAUUAUUUUUUGCCUUUCAGGUCCUUUACAUUGUGAUAAUGUUGUAUUUAAAGAGAAUAUUUAAAUGUAAUAUUAAAGAAAUAUUCAAAAGAAUGUUGUGUUACUCUUGAUCUUGGCAGACCACAACCCAGUUACUUGUUAGAAAAAGAAUGCUUCUCGAGCCUGUAUAUAAAAUUAAUUAGGUCAGUUAGGGAUUGUUAACAAUAGAAGUGUUUUAUGAUGGGAAAACAACGUUCUCUUUGGAGUAUCAAGAGCUUGACUUGCCUCAUCUGUGUUUAUGCCCCUCAUCAGCUGAAACAGCCUGGAUCCUGCCCUGCUAGGGCUUUCCCUGUCUGUAGUCCCUACUCUUGGGGCCUGGAUUCUAAUUUCAUUGCUUGCUAUUUGUAUGUACAAUCUUCUAUUCCUAGUUAGCAUUUAAAAUCCAGCAACAGGAUCAACUUCAAGUCAGUUCCUUCAUAACCUCCAUCCCAUCAGAAAGUUCUGUUCCAACCAAUUCUCUCCCCAAUGUCCAGUUAUGACAGUCUUGUAAAGGAGCCCUAGCAAAAUGAUUCGAGGAUGCAUAAGAGAAUUUCCAGCAAGUGACUUCAGUCUUUACUUGGGUUUAAAGGCAGUGCUUCAUGCAUUUACAGCAAGUUACUGUACUACAGACCACUGAUGUCCCUUCAUAGACAAAAGCUGAACCCAACUUACUAUCGCAGACCUCUCCUGGCUGGCUGGGGUUAGUACUGUACAGACUUGAUCCAUGGGCCAAAGGCAGCCGCUGUCAGUUGGUUGAAUGGGUGCACCCCAGUGGAGGUAGCAAAGAGUUUAAGAUCCACAGGUUGUGGCACAGCCCAGAAAUUAAGACAAGGGUGUGAAGGCUAUAAAUACUGGGUAAGCAGUCAACAAGGACUUGUAGUUCCUUCUAUCUUGUCCAUUAGAAUGUUCCCAUGUUAUUCACUAAAAA